AUGGAUGAUCAAAAACAACAACAAAAUGAACAGAUUUCCCUUUAUAAAAAAGCAAUAGAACUAUUUAAAAAGAAAGAAUAUCAACAUGCAUCAGAAUUAUUUAAAGAAAUUAAAGAUAAAAAUAUUUUAACACAAUCAUUUGAGCUUCAAAUGAAUCUAUUGCUCUGUGAUUUUUACCAAAGAAAUUGCUCUAAUCAUAUUAAACUAUUGGAUGAUUUAAAUCUUAUUUUAAAAUCAUUGGACUCAAGCAAAAUAAACAAUCAAACCGACUCACCAACAUUAGCAUCACAACCAUUAACUGCCACAUCCUCACCAACAAAUAAUUUCGAUCUAAACCAAACAUCCUCACCACAGGCAUCACCAUUACUAUCAGUAUCAUCAAAUACCCAAUCAUCCUCACCAAAUACACCUGUAUCAGCAUCAAUCACAGCAAGUGCAAGCACAUCAUCAACAAAUUUACACAGCCAACAAACAUGUGAUAUUGAUAACGAUCAAGCAAUAAUAUUAUAUAAUCAAGCAGUUGUCUAUUUUCACGUUAAACAGUAUGGUUCAAGUUAUAAAAUUUUAGACAACAUAUAUCAAAAUGUAUUAUCACUAGAUGACUAUUUGGCUAUUAGAGUCUGCUUGUUAUUAGUGAAUGUUUCAAUCGAAGCCCAACUUUACGACAAAGCAGGUUCAGUAUUAUCAUUUUUAGAGAAAUCAUUCGACCAUUUUUUUUAUAUUUCACCAAAAUCUACAACCACAUCCGAAAACAAUAAUGAAAACCAUCAAAAUUCAACAAGUUCAAUAUCUAAUGAAACCACCGAGGACCAAGACUAUCAGCAUACCCAAAUGGCUCCAACUGAAUUUAAAUUUUUAAUUCAUUUUUAUAAAUCAAAAAUUUAUUUGUUAUCAAACUCACACUAUUUAGCAAAAAAUGAAAUUGAAGAGUCGAUAAAAUAUAGCUUAAAGAUUGAUUAUAUACCAUUAAUUGGAUCGUGCCACCUAUUAAGUGCAAAUUACUAUAGUAUAGAAUUAGAUACAGAUAAUACAAUAAAGAAUUUACUUUUAAGCUCAUCUUCAAGUAACAACUCUACAGCCGCACCAAGUGAUACAAUAAAGAAUAAACCAAUAUCAUUUGGCAAUGAUUUAGUUGUAGAACCAAUUACACCAAGAAUGUUUUAUAAUAAUAUAGGGUCUUUCCACUUUAAUAUGGAUAACAAGGUAUUAGCAAACUAUUAUUUUUCAAGAUCACUAAAAGAGGCAUCAUUUGAAAUGAAUGGUAAUAGUAGCUUUAAUCGACAUUUAGAUAAAAGAACCGAAGUAUUUUUCAACACUGGUAUAAUCCUAAUGGCCAUGGGAAAGUAUGAACUAGCUUUUUCCUGUCUCCAAGAAUCCUGUAUACUAUUAAAAUGUAAUCCAUUAGUUUGGUUAAGGCUAGCAGAAUGUUGUAUAUUUGCCCAUAUCAGUAAAUUAAAAGAUAAUAGAGAUCAAAACAAUUUAGAUGAUGACGAAUUAAUUGAUGAAGAAUCAGCAAAUAAAGAAAAUGAAAUUAAUAGUGAUGAAAAUAAAGAUAAAAGUAGUAAUAAUGAUGACUCAAAUAAACCCAAUAGCAUCAGUAGCAAUAGUGGCGGUGACUCUUCAAGAGAUUUAAACAAUAAAAAUAAAAACAAGAAUAAAAGCAAAAGUAAAAAUAAAGAUAAAGAUAAAGACAAUAUUACAAAAGAUAAUGGAAAAGAUAAUAGUGGCAAAGAUAAAGAAAAAGAAAAUGGUGAUACCGAUAAUGAAAAUGAAAACGAUUCAGAAGGUGCAAAUAGUGGUACUAGCGGUGGUCCAAACUCAGUAAAUAAUGUAAAUGAAAAUAAUAAUAAUAACAAUGUAAAUUUCGAAUUGGUUUUUGGUAGUAUCAAGAUUUUAAAUAACGAAAACAUUUUACUACCAACUGUAAAUGGUCUUCAUCAAGGCUUACAAAUUGAAGAUAGCGGCGUUCAAUCGACCCUCACAAACUCUGGAGAUGAAUUGGAAGAGUCUUUAAGUAGACUUGGUACUUUAUCAUUAGACUUUGCAAGCAAGUGUUUAAGAAAUGCUCACUAUCUAGAAAGAAAAAUAUUACAAUCAAAAAAACAAAGAGAAUCUCAAGAGCAACCAACAACAGAUAAGCAACAAGAAGAACCAAUUGAACCAAAUGAUUUAUUUAAAAACUAUCAUAUUGGUAUGAUGCUAUCAAUUUUAUCAUCACAAGCAUAUGUAGCACUAUGCACUUAUAAUCCAAUUGUUUCUUUAGUCGCCUGUAAACAAAUAUUAUCAAUAUUUGAAGAAAAUCCAAACUAUAGCGAAAUCGGUUUCCUCUAUCGUUUUAAAUACUAUGCCCAUAUUUACGCUGCCGAGGCAUGCAUAAAUCUUAAUAUUCCAGAUCAAGCUGUUCAGUUUUUAUCAAUCGACUUUAUUGCCCAACAACUCCAAAUUCGUGAAGUAUCAAAGUAUGACACUACCGACUUUAAUAACAUUUUUUAUUAUAAUCUUACAAUUGCCUAUAUCCUUCAAAAUGAUUUAAACAACGCUGAAAAAUCAAUCUAUCAAAUUCAAAAAAAUUUAGAACAACAACAAUUUAUAAUUUUACAACAACUAAAUAAUAAUAAUAAUAAUCAAUUUAUACAACAACAGAUAAUUAAUUUACAACAACAACAAAUUAAUGAUACUUUUAAUAAAAUUAAUUUAUUAAAAGUUUAUUUGGAAUUAAGAAAAGGAAACAAUGAUAAAGCUUUAGGUUUAAUAAAAACCGAAAGGCCCAUACCACAACUAUAA